UGACAAGAAUAAUCGAUGACCAGGAUUAUUCACUGUAAUUGAUUAUUUACAUACAUUAAUGUUCGUAGAAUUCGGCACUAGACUGGAUCGGAAACAUCGAAAUAUACAAACAUUGAAGGAGCAGCUGGAAGAAGUAGCGCAAGAAGCUAAGAAGAAAAUAGAGGUUGCGACUGAAAUAAAAGAGACGGUGGCAGAAGAACCUAAAGAACCUAAAGAACCGCCUAAAGAAAUACAUAAAGAACCACCUAAAGAAAUAAUUAAAGAAACGCCUAGGGAAACGCCUAAGGAAACCUCUGUAGAAUCGCCAAAACCAGCGAAAGAGGAAAAAGGGGUAAAUUCGGAGGAAUUGGAGACCGUGAAAGGACGAAUCUCGAAAUUAGAGAAGGAUGUGAUGAACUUGCACGAGAAAGUAGAGACUACACACAUAGUCGAUGCUUCCAAUCUCGAGAACUUGGCGUCCAAGGUUCAGGAAAUGCAAGGCGAUGUGGAGAAAUUGACCCAGACUACAGAUAAUCUGAUCGACGAACGCGAAACUCGCGAGAUGCAUUUCAGCGUUAGUAUCUUUGAUCGUCUAUUGUUAAUCAUUUUAAAAAACCUUUCUUUCUUUCAUUUGCUUUAUUAAUUUUCUAUCGACGUA